AUGACAUUUGGUAUUCGGAAUAUCAUUGGAAUUCAUCGUCUUCAUACUGGUCAAAAAAAUUAUUCAGCUCCAUUAAUAUUCAAAACUUAUGCACAAUGGUCUUAUUGGCAACGAAAAGCAUUUGAUUAUCUUAUUUGGUGUCAUUUAGGUCAUGCACUUGAUUUUAUUGCUGCACUUUUAUCUUGUGAAUUUAUUCUUUAUUCGUUUUGGCAUUGGAUGACUUAUGCACGUAUGAUUCCAUAUCCUCAAGGACCAUCACAUGAAAAGAAAUUUAAUCCAGUUAAUCCUUAUGAAGAAAAAGGACAACAUCAUUUAUUAAGAGAAAUAACAUUUACAACACUUGGUUGGUUACAAUCUGCUUUUGUUCAAUGUAUUUUUAUGUGGUUAUGGGCUAGUGGUCGAUUACCAUAUUAUAGUGACUUUUGGUCUCGACCAUUCUUUUCAAUUUUUAUUCUUUUAGGUAUUCAUCGUUUAAUGCAUCCAUGGUGGUCUGUUCUAUAUGGUUUACGUGAAGUCGAAAUCCAGAUCCAUGGUCUGGAUUAUCAAUGCAUCCAGUUGAACAUUUUUUUUUAUUAUACAUGCGCUUAUUUUCCUCUACUUUUUUCAUGUCAUCCACUUCAUUUUCUUUAUGCUAAAUUUCAUGCUGACAUUGCACCAAUUGGUGGUCAUGAUGGUUAUGAUGAUCCAGCUGGUGGUUCAGGUUUUCAUUAUCUACAUCAUGCACUUUUUGAAUGUAAUUAUGGAGUGUCAUUAAUUGAUUUUGAUCGUCUAUUUGGUACUUACAAAGAAUAUGUGAAAAAACCAUCAGAAACCAAUACAAGUCAAGAUUAG